AUGCUAGAACCAAAUAUUGUUGAAGGUUUAGCAAUGGUGAUAGCCAAAGAGGCGACGUGGACGGAAAGAGAACGGCCGUGCAUAUUCCAGGUCAAUCAGAUUGGAACCAUCACAGAAGUUAUAGAAGUUGUGAAGCAGGCAAAGGAUGCUCAUUGGGGUGUGGUUGUUUCUCAUAGAAGUGGUGAGACAGAAGAUACCUUCAUUGCAGAUUUGGCAGUUGGUCUUUCAACUGGUCAGAUAAAAGCUGGCGCGCCUUGUCGAGGGGAGAGGCUUGCAAAGUACAAUCAGUUGCUGAGGAUCGAGGAAGAACUUGGAAGUCAAGCUGUGUAUGCUGGAGAGAACUGGAGACAGCUUUGAUCACGUCAUUUUAUUCUGAAUGUUUCUUAGAAAUCCGAGCUCAUUUUU